AUGGGUAUCAAGAGGAAGGCCAAAGAGGAUCCGAAUGGAGUCGACAUAUCUAAGAGUAAGAAGAGCAAACACGACGGGCCAAAGGGCGGCAAGAAUGAGCGGCCAAAGAGCGCGAAGAGCGUGAGGAGCGAUUUGAUAUUUCCACCACGAGCAGAUUGGCACGCCGCAGACCUACCUCAUGUCGACCUGAAGGAUGUCGCCUCUGCGCCUUCGCAGAAGUCUGUCGACGAGCUUCACAAAUAUGCAGAAUCGCUACUGGAGGCAGAGGUUGCCGCCUACGAUGCCAACAACAAGUCCGCAUCUUCCUCCCAUAAGUUCAUGUCCACGAUCAUGGCUUCUGGAACGCUGGAGGACAAGGUGUCAGCCUUGACAUUACAGGUACAAGAGUCACCGCUUCAUGCAAUGAAGGCUUUCGAGAACCUGCUGGGGUUGUCGAGGAAAAAGAGUCGGAAUCUGGCCUUGAUGGCCCUGGCUGCGAUGAAGGACUUGCUUGGACAAGGUGUCUUGCUACCAGGUGACAGAAAGCUUCGUUCGUUCGGCAAGCAACCGGCCCUGUUGAGUAGCCUACAAGGCAAGGCUUCGAACUGGAGAAGCGGGAUGCCUCUACCCGGCGCAUUGCAGAAGAUACACCUCGUGGUAUUUGCGUACGAGGACUGGCUCAAGCGGACGUACUUCGAGAUGCUGCAGGUGCUGGAGAACUGGUGCGGUGACGAAGUCGAAUACGCACGAACCCGAGCUCUUACCUACGUAUACGAACUGCUGAAGGACAAGCCGGAGCAGGAGGAGAAUCUGUUGCGGCUACUCGUCAACAAGCUGGGCGAUACGGAUCGCAAAAUCGCAUCGAGAGCAUCGUAUCUGCUUCUCCAACUGGAGAAUUCACAUCCGGCAAUGAAGAUGGUCGUCACGAACAGCAUUGAGGCGGAUUGUCUGUAUCGACCCGGUCAGGGAUUGCAUGCCAAAUACUACGCCGUCAUCACGUUGAACCAAACGAUACUGAGCCAGAAGGAUGAAGUCGUUGCGAACAGGCUGUUGGAGGUGUACUUCGGGCUGUUCGUUCAAUUGCUCAAACCUACGGAGAAGAACAGUUCCAAUCAGAAGCCUCAAGUGAACGGCAAGUCACAAGGCGGCGGUGGCAAGGCUGGCAAGCUGGCAGAGAAGAAACGCAAGGCCCACGAGCGUGGAGAAGAGGCCGACGACCAGCUUCGUGAGAAGAUGGUUGCUCAAGUACUGACUGGCGUGAACCGAGCAUUUCCAUUUGCCGACACCAGUGAUCCAACAUUCGAGAAGUCGAUGGACACAAUCUUCCGUGUAACGCACUCGGCCAAUUUCAACACUGCCGUUCAAGCUCUGAUGCUAAUCCAGCAGAUCUCAUCAACGAAGCAUUACGGCGCCGAGAGGUUCUACCGCACACUGUACGAAUCUCUCCUGGACCCAAGGCUUUGCUCGUCCAGCAAGCAGGUCAUGUAUUUGAACCUGCUCUACAAAUCUCUCAAGGCAGACCUGAACGCGAAGCGGGUGCAAGCAUUUGUGAAGAGGUUGUUGCAGACUCUGACGAUGCACGAGCCGCCUUUCAUCUGCGGCGUGUUGUACUUGAUCAGCGAAUUAGAGGGCACUUUCCCAAGUAUUAGAAGCAUGAUCACUGAAGCUGAAGUGGACGAUGAAGACGAAGAAGAGCACUUCGUGGAUGUGCCAGAGGAUGCGGAUGGCAGCGCACCGGUACAAGCUGCAGCACCGAAGCCUGGCAGCGGAAACAGAUACGAUCCCCGAAAGCGCGACCCCGACCACGCUCAUGCAGACCGCAGCUGCUUGUGGGAUGUGUUGCCCUUCGUACAACACUUUCACCCUUCUGUCUCAAUAUUCGCUGAGGCCAUCCUCCUUAACAAAGCGAUGCCACCGAAGCCCGAUCCGACCCACUACACCCUCAUGCACUUCUUGGACCGCUUCGUAUACCGCACCGCACGGUCGAAGCCGUCGGCGUCUAUGCACGGUACUUCCAUCAUGCAGCCUAUGGCUGGCAGCAACGCGGCCGACCUACUGGUCAAACCAGGCGCUGAAGGCGCGGCGUCUCAGUACAAUACCGAGGCGUUCUGGCAAAGAAAGAUUGAAGACGUCGCAGCUGAUGAGGUGUUCUUCCAUUCUUACUUCAACCAAAGUGGGAAUAAGAAGAAGGCAGCGCCCAAGAAGAAGGACGUCAAGGAUGUUGCUGAUGAUGAAGAUGAAGAAGCUAGCGAUGACGCGGGCGAAGACGAGAUUUGGAAGGCUAUCACAGCCUCGAAGCCUGAGGUCGAAGGCGCAGACGAGGAUGACGACCUCAGUCUCGGUGACCUGGAAAGCGCUUACUCUGCCAGUGAAGAUGAGUCCGAAGGGGGCAUUGAUCUCGGCGGAGAAGAGGGGGCUGAAGAUGCUGCUCCGCAAGAUUUCUCAGAGUCGGAGGCCGGCGAUGAAAUGCCUGAGUUGGAGAGUGACGAAGAUGCGAUGUUCGCGGAUGACGACGACCUCCCCGAAGACUUCGAGAUGCCUGAAGCCGCUGAAGAGGGAGAGCUGUCGAGGAACAAGAAGAAGAGGAAUGAGAGGAAGAAGCUGAAGUCACUGCCUACUUUCGCGUCAGCAGAGGAUUAUGCUAAGCUGCUUGGAGGGGACGACGAUGAUGAUAUGUAG